CGAAACGCGAACCCAAAACAACGCACACGAACCAAACCAACAACCAAACGACAACACCUUGAUCUCUGCUCCUCGCCAACCACCGCGACCACCACCACCGCAGCGGCUGUUGCUCUCGCCCAAGGCCCCUUGCCUCACUGCUUCCUCCCCUCUCCCUCCCUUUCCCUUUCUCAACAAGCAAAGGAUGAAGUUCGGCAAGACCAUCCGCAACAAGGCCUUGCCGCAGUGGGCCAUGCACUACAUGGACUACAAGGCGCUCAAGAAGAUCAUUCGCAAGUGCGUUGCGGCGCAGAUGAAACGUGAUGCCACCCGCCAGGCUGCAGCCGAGGGGCGCCCGUCAGAACAAGUGGCCAGCAGCCCGACAACAAAAUCAGCCACAUCAACCGCAGCUGGCGCCACCGAAACAGGGAAACCGCCCACGUCAGCGGAAUCGGCAGCAUCGGCAACCGAACCAACCACACUGCAAGACGACGAGCGCGAGUACGAGACAUGCGUCACGUACUUCUUCUUCUUGCUGCAGCGGCAACUGGAGAAGGUAUCUGACCUGUUUGCAGACGAGUCAACGCUGCUGCAGGCGCGCCUCAUGGCCAUCACAGACAAGUUCAACCGCAUGGCCGUCGACUCCACCCUUCCGGAGCCCGACUUUCGUCGCCAGGCCGUGGCGCAGCUCCUGCGCGGCAUCAACGACCUCCUCACCACGCAGCACAACCUGCGCGACUUUUCACACAUGAACAAGGAGGGCUUCCGCAAGAUCCUGAAGAAGCUCGACAAGCAGCUCGGCACAAGCUACUCUGCCAAGUGCAUGAACGAGCGCGUCAACGUCGCCUCCUUUGCAACGUGCAGCGAGACGCUCGACCCGCUGGAGCACCGCGCCCGCCGCCUCAAGCUUCGGCUCGAGCGCGUGCUCGGUAUCCGUGGGUCGUCCUCUGCCAUGCGCCUGCUCGCCAAGCGCGCGCCACCGCACGCCACCACGCCCGCCUCCGCCUCCGCCAGCGAAGACGACGAGGACGAGGUCGACAUCAUCCAUGACGUGGCCGGCGGCCUCUCCGACAGCGGCAGGCCCGUCUGGCACGCGGGCAGCGCGGCUACUGGGGACGUGACUUCGCUCAGCGGGGGCGCCAUGCCGCACAACCUGGGCCAGCUGCUGGACACCGCCCGGUUCACAGACCUCGACGCGGCGCUGCUGCACGUGGAGCCGAUGGAGCGCACCGCCAUCAUGGACGAGCUGCUCGUGCGCGCAUGCAAGACUGCAAACUCGGACGCCAUCGCCUAUUGCGUCAAGCACAAGGCCAACAGCCUGCACCACACGGAACCGCACGGGUACACGUGCUGGCACAUCCUGGUACGGCGCAACCGGCUGCCACAGCUUGAGCUGCUGGCCAAGCUCUCACACAAGCGGCAGGUGCGACGUGCGUGCACAGAGACGGACGCCAUGGGAGAGACAGUGCUCCAUCUCGCAGCAGCGUUUGGGCGCGUGGAUGCACUGCGGCUGUUCCGCCAACACAGCGCAGACCUGGACGUGAUGGCGUCCAACGGGUUUACGCCGCUGCUUGCAGCCAUCCACCGCAGCCAGACGCAGGCUGCACUUGCCCUCAUUGAGAUGGACGCGGACCCAGACCUCUUCAACUCGGAACUCUCCUCAUGCCUGUCGCCGCUUGCCAUGGCGGCCCAGCAGGGCGAUGCUGUGGUUGUGCGCGCGCUGCUGGACGCCGGCGCCGACGACAACGUCGCCGACAUUGAGGGCGAGCUCGCCCUGCACAAGGCAUGUGCCCACGGCCACGUGGAUGUGGUGCGCAUGCUUGUUGAACACAACCCGGACAGCGUCAACAGGCGCGACGAGUAUGAACUGCACACGCCGCUCUUUCUCUGCGCAAAGCACAACAACCAGGAGUGCGCGCGCGUGCUGCUGGCCCACGGCGCUGCGGUGAACGUGCGCGACAUUCGCGGCUGGACGCCCCACUCGUACGCCAUGUACUACGGGUACAUUGCCUUUGGCGAGGAGCUCAUCAGCUGGGGGGAGCCCGGGGCAGUGGCAUGCAGGUGCGGCGAGGGCACGCAGUCUGCGCAGACACACGCACACGCGCACACGCGCACGAAACCCCGGGACGAGGGCGGUGGCAGCGGCGAUGCGGCUUCUGCUGUUGGCAAGGAGGGCAUGGCGUCGACGCUCGCCCGGCGGGAACAACGAGGCUCAGCCACAUCCCACGACCCAUAUGUACACUACCACAUGCACCGCCACGACCCGAAGCAGCAGCAGUUUCGCGAUCGCCUGUGGAGCGAUGACGAUGAUGAGGAUGAUGAGGAUGAGGAUGAGGGCGACGAUGAGGGUGCAGAGGCGAGUCACGCUCACCACGCGCCCCGCAAGGGCAGUGGUGGUCGGCAACACCAACAGCAUCAGCAACAACAUCAAGAUGAGGAUGAAAGCCAAGGGGAAGGUCAGACUGGCGACAACCAGCAACAGCAGAGCGAGCAGGAGCAGCAGGAGCAGCAGCAACGCCGCCGCCGCAGCAAACUGCUUGCCAACCCACGCCAGCCGUUGGACGUGACAAGCUUCAUUGACAAGGAGGGCAAGUACCGGAUGCGCGGCAGCGAGAAGACGGUGCCCAUGUCGCAGCGCACGUACGGACACGAGUACCUGCACACAGCGGCGCGCGCGUUUGUGGACAUCUCCCCCAUGCGCAACGCGGACCGCAUGGCGCUGUUUGACGCGGAGGGACUGCGGCUAAACGUGCGGCAGUGCAUGCUGCAGUGCGCCAUUUCGUUUCAGACGGAGCCUGGCGCGGCGCCUAUGGUGAUUGACAGCGCGCACUUCAAGGCGCUGGCGCUGCCCCUGAACGAGGACGGCGACAGCUUCAGCUUCGACAUUCCCGUGGAGGACGUGAAGCCGCACGCAACGCUGGAGUUCCGGCUCGUGUCUGUGUUUGACCCGACGGUGGUUGUGGCCUGUGGGCGGCUGCCCGACCGCGUGUGGCAGAACACGGACGAGCAGCACACGACGCACGAGGUGAUGCUGCUCAACCGGCACCUGCACGCCGUGUUCCCGCUGCGCUUCCGCUAUCUGCUGGUGCUGCCGUACCUUGGCUCUGAACUGCGCAUCCAGCCCAGCAACACGUACUGGACAACGCGCAAGCAGCUGCCUGUGUGGGGCCACCGUGGCACGGGCUCGUCCAAGGCCGCGCACGUCGACAGCAACACAUACCGCACACACGUGCAGGAGAACACGGUGCUCUCGUUUGUGACGGCGGCCAACCUUGGCGCGGAGUACGUCGAGUUUGACGUGCAGCUGACGCGCGACAACGUGCCUGUCAUCUACCACAACUGGACGCUGGCGGACGUGCUUGGCUUUGACGUGCCCAUUGACAUUGUCACGCUGGACGCGUUCCUCAGCAUCCGGGAGCGGCGUAAGGGCGACGCAGCGCGGUUUGGGCUCGACUCCGACUCGCGCCUCUCCGUCCGAGAGCGCACGCCGGUGCCGCCAGGUGCACCGCGCAUUCGUGGCAGCACGAGCAGCGGCAGCAGCUUGGGCAGUCAGGAGGACGUGAGCAGCAACAGCAACAGCAACAGCACCAGCAACAACACGUCGCAGGGGAGCGGGAAAGCCGUGAGCCCGCCCGUGCUCUCUGCGGUGCCGGCGCACGUGGUGAGCAGCAAGAGCAAAUACAAGCCCCAAAUCCAACAGCAGCAGCAGCAACAACAACGGCAGCAACAGCAGCAGCAGCAGCAGCAGCCACGGCGCAACCCAGCCAGCCAUGAGAGCAGCACCUCAUUUGCUGUGACCGACACGUCUCCAAGUCCCUUCAAGCCCAGCACGGUGGCAGAGGCACGGGGACAGCGGUGGCCGAGUGGCCGCCCGCGCGCAUACAGCAACCCAGAGCUGUCGAGUGUGAAGACGCAGGGCCUUGACAUCGACCCCAAGCGCUACGUGCGCGCGCCGCUCGCAACCCUGCAGGAAGCUCUCACCCUCGUUCCAGAGUCACUCGGGUUCAACAUUGAAAUCAAGUACCCGUUGGAGGAGCAUCAGAAGCUGCACAAGCUGCAAUCGUGGGAAAUGAACACGUUUGUGGACACCACACUCGACAUUGUGUUCCGCCACGCCGGCGACCGCAAGAUUGUCUUCUCGUGCUUCCACCCCGACAUGUGUCGCAUCCUCAGCCUGAAGCAGCCGUCGUACCCCGUGCUCUUCCUCACCACCGCCGGACACAAGGAGGUGUUUACGGACGCCCGCGCCAUGUCGCUUCGCGCUGCCGUUCGAUUCGCAUCGUCCGCCAACCUCCUCGGCAUCGUCUCAAACUCCCACCCGCUGGUGCUGUGUCCCGAGCUGAUUCACCAAGUCAAGAGCUCAGGACUGCUGCUGCUGACGUGGGGCGACGAGAACAACGACGUGGACUGCGUUCGGCUGCAGGAGGCGUGUGGCGUCGAUGCUGUGAUUGUUGAUCACAUUGCACACAUCCGCAAAGGCCUUCGCCCACGCGAUGAAGAAGCGCUCGCGUAAGCAGCAGUUGACGGUGGAUGCUGACGGUGGUGGUUGACUUUGAUGAUGCGGGAAACACAAAGAGGUAUCGCUUCAUGUCUCACAGCACCAACAGCUCGUUGUGGUGAUGACGGCGGUGUUCGUCAGAAUCGUCGGAAGUGGAACACAUGCACACGUGCAUGUGUGUGCAUGUGUGUGUUUAUGUGUGUGUUUAUGUGUGUGCAUGGUUGGUUGGUUGGUUGGUUGGUUGUUUGGUUGGGUCUGUUUCCAUCUUGUUGCUGUAGAUGAGCAGCACGAGUG